CGGAUUGCACGCCAGCGCCUCCCGGCCGAUAACUCAGCCGCUAUGGAAGACAUGAACGAGUACAGCAACAUAGAGGAAUUUGCAGAGGGAUCUAAGAUCAACGCGAGCAAGAAUCAGCAGGAUGACGGUAAAAUGUUUAUUGGAGGCUUGAGCUGGGAUACAAGCAAGAAAGAUCUGACUGAAUAUUUGUCUCGAUUUGGGGAAGUUGUAGACUGCACAAUUAAAACAGAUCCAGUCACUGGAAGAUCAAGAGGAUUUGGAUUUGUGCUUUUCAAAGAUGCUGCUAGUGUUGAUAAGGUUUUGGAAAUGAAAGAACACAAGCUGGAUGGCAAAUUGAUAGACCCUAAAAGAGCCAAAGCUUUAAAAGGGAAGGAACCCCCUAAAAAGGUUUUUGUGGGUGGAUUGAGCCCAGAUACUUCAGAAGAACAAAUUAAAGAAUAUUUUGGAGCCUUUGGAGAGAUUGAAAAUAUUGAACUUCCCAUGGAUACAAAAACAAAUGAAAGAAGAGGAUUUUGUUUUAUUACAUAUACAGACGAAGAGCCAGUAAAGAAAUUGUUAGAAAGCAGAUAUCAUCAAAUUGGUUCUGGGAAGUGUGAAAUCAAAGUUGCACAACCCAAAGAGGUAUAUAGGCAGCAACAGCAACAACAAAAAGGAGGAAGAGGUGCUGCAGCUGGUGGACGAGGUGGUACUAGGGGUCGUGGCCGAGGUCAGGGCCAAAACUGGAACCAAGGAUUUAAUAACUAUUAUGAUCAAGGAUAUGGAAAUUACAAUAGUGCCUAUGGUGGUGAUCAAAACUAUAGUGGCUAUGGCGGCUAUGAUUAUACUGGGUAUAACUAUGGGAACUAUGGAUAUGGACAGGGAUAUACAGACUACAGUGGCCAACAGAGCACUUAUGGCAAGGCAUCUCGAGGGGGUGGCAAUCACCAAAAUAAUUACCAGCCAUACUAAAAGGGGACGUUGGAGAAAACAGGAAGAGAUUGCUAAAGUAACCCAUCUUGCAGGACGACAUUGAAGAUUGGUCUUCUGUUGAUCUAAGAUGAUUAUUUUGUAAAAGACUUUCUAGUGUACAAGACACAACUGUGUCCAACUGUAUAUAGCCGCCAAUUAGUUUUUGUUUUUACUUUGUCUUUUGCUAUCUGUGUUAUGACUCGACGUGGAUUUGUGUUUAUACAAAUUUUAUUUGUAUGAUUUCAUGUUAAACCUCAAAUAAAUGCUU